GUUUACUUUCCUUUUUUGUGUGUCACUUAAAAGGCAAGUGUUUCGUGUCCGACAUUGUACUGACAGGGAACUGAGCUACAUCAUUGGUUUGAUUCUGUCAAAUAUCAAUAGAGGAACUAUAGAUGAUGACUCAAACAUUGUAUUUAGUAUUCUUGGUUUUCCUCCUACAAGUACAGCUUAGUUUUUCCCAACCUCUGGGUAUCAACAGUGACGAUGAGCGAUGCGGAGCAGAGGAUUACACUUUUAUUCUGAAAUCGCUUUUGGAUAGCAAAUUAAGCGAUUUGGAAAAUAGACUGAAUGAACAAUCCUCGCAGAGAAUUCAAAAUCUCGAGACACAGAUGAAACGACUUACAAAUUGUCCUCGGGGCUGGAACAAGCAUGGCAAAUCAUGUUAUAUGUUAAACACACGGAAUUUAACAUGGACAGCUGCUGAUAAAUUCUGCCGAAACCUGUCUGCGAAAUUAGCUGAAAUUGGCAUGAAGAGUGAAAACGAUUUUAUAGAAAACAUUUUGAAAAAUAACUCGGACACAGAGCGGGCCUGGUUAGGCGGUAUACGUGCGGCAAACGGAGUUUCCUGGAUCUGGAGUUUUUCAGAAAUACCACUGAGCUAUAAGAAUUGGGGCAAGGGUGAACCCAAUAACGCAAAAGGAACCGAGGACUGUUUGGAAAUAGAGGGAACAAGAAAUAGACGCUGGAAUGACACGCCAUGCACAUUUUCAGCAGCGUCUUUAUGUGAAAAAGAAUUGUAAUACUGUACAUGUUCAUGUUGUGUGUUUGUAUGUAUGUAUAUAGGUAGGUGGGUGGGUGAGUGCGUGCGUGCGUGAGAGAGAGAGAGAGAGAGAGAGAGAGAGAGAGAGAGAGAGAGAUGUCUAUUUUGCUUUCUUCUCAAAUUCUGUUUUCAUUACGAUAUAAAGGGAAAUUUACUGUGAAAAGAUAGGAGAAAAUAACGAACAACGAUCAAUGAAAGAUGAAAAUAACGAACAAUAAAUCUCUUAAGUUCUAUAAGCAAUACAAAAUAGAGAGUUGGGCAAACAUGUACACUUAGAUAUAUAAGGGAUCAGGUGCCUAGGAGGAGAAAGCAAAACUUGUUGACUGGUCACACCCGCCGUAAGCUAUAGAUCUUGAUCAUGUAAACGGAGUAAUCCGUAGUCAAAAUCCGUGCGCCAAGAACAGCCUAAAAAUCGGUAUGAAACAUGUCAGGGAACAUUUGGCCCAAUGAUAGGUUGUACUGGCAAACUAGAUCGCUUAUACCGACUAUAGAAUUUUAGAAAUGCUGCCUUUAAACGAGACUGUUGAGACUCCUGCACAAUCAACUUGUUUGUCAGUAGCCUGAAUCGAUUUAACAACUUAUCAUACGCAGAACAAGCUCUUGUGUAUCGAAUCAGUCGAAAGAUAUAAACGCCAUGUACAUGCUUACUCCUCCUAGGCACCUGAUCCCGCCUCUGGUGUGUCCAGCGGUCCGUAUUUGCCCGACUUUCUAUUUUUUAUUGCUUAUAGGAGUUAUGAGAUUGAUCACUGUUCGUUAUCUUCACCUUGCAUCAUAAAGUUGAGUAAUUAGUUUGAUGUUAAUUUUUAUUUUCAAUAAAAUAUCUAAGUAUGAAGCAGAA